AUUUAUGUAUAUUAAGUUGACAAACUUCGAAAUAAAAUAUUCCAAGUUUUUGCUAUUAACGUUAAUAUAAAAUAAUUUUAUAAAAAAAUAUAAAAAAUGUCAAAAUUUUGUGGUGUAAUUUCCAAACGCAUAAAUUCCGAAGAAGUGGAACCACUGCGCUUCAGUCAUUUGGAAAUGCUAACCAAAUGGUUGGCGAGUGAAACUGAAUCGCUUCAGUCCGAUUUCGCCACUAAAAGUGAAGCGGUGCAGGAUAUGCAAAAGCAAGUCAUACAGAACGAGCAAAAACUUAUUGAAAUCAAUGAUAUCAUGGAAGUGCUUAAAGAAAAAGUAAUCGCCACCGAACAUGAAGUGGCGGUGAAUGACGCGAACAUAAAACUGCUUGAGCGCAAUAUCACAGCGCUGGAAGAUUAUGCGAAUCGGCCGCUAACAGCUGCCGGCAUAACCUGCGGUUGCCCAAUUGUACAUGAGCAACAGGAACAACGACGUAUGCUCAAUCUGUUGCAGAACACAGAUCACACUAUGGCACAGCUCCAUCUGUUGAUGAAUGAGUUUCAGGAAUUGCAGCCAUACGUGCAGCGUAUGAGUAGUCCGUAUUACACAAUUAGCAGCAUAUUGGAUUGUCAUGUGAGUACUUUGAAGCAAACUGAAAAUAAUCUGGACCGUUUAGUUGAAAAAAUGCAUGCGGUCGAUGGGAUGUUACGACUGGCUAUGUUACACCUAGCUGCUUCGCGUCAACAAAGAUCACAAUCUGCGCCGCCGUCUUUCUGCAAACCAAUCGGUGACGGUCCUGCAAAUAUGCGAACUUAAAUUCAUGAGAAAGAAAAUAUUUCAAAAUUGUUAUAGAAUAUUUGAG